AUGAUAGCAAUUAUGUUGCUCAUUUUUGGAAGUGUUGCUGAAUACUUCUGUGCAAACAAGGCUAUUGGAUUUUACUGUACCGAUAGAUCUAACUUCGUGUGGUGUCACAACCACCUCGAUGGUUCGAAAAUGACAUGCGCAAGUGGACUGCAAUGUAAAUGCGGUUCGUCAUCAUUCAACCCAUGUGCCUUUUCAUUCCAAGAGGUAGCUGACUGCAAUGGAGAACCUGGUGACUUUGGAGGAGACCAAAAACCAGCCGAGUCUUCGGAAAAACCAGAAGAAAGCUCCAAACCUGCCGAAGAUCCAGAUGACGAUUAUUGUGAUUAA